AUGGUUUUUUACCUCAUAGUACAAUUAUUAUUAAUUAACUAUGCUCUUGCUCAUACUUGUACUACUGCAACAGAGGAAAAUAAAUGUGUUUGUACAUGUACUGUUGAAAAGGUUGACUCUCUUACAGCUGAUGAUGAAAGUGCCUUUUCUUGUUUAUUUAAUGACGAUAAAUGUAAUUCCUUUGAUGCAGUUCUUCAAGUCCCAAAUUCUGCAAUAAUUUCUGAUUUAAAUAUAAAAGGUUAUCAAACUAACAGUGAAGAAGGUUCUGAAAAUACUCCAUUACAACUAAAUAAAAUUACUAUUCAACAAUCAGAAUCAGCUGAAAAAGGAACUAUUACAAAUCCAGCAUUCACUCUUAGUGCUGCUCCAAUAGAGGAUUCAGUUCAAAUUCAUAUUUCAUCUGGAUUUGGUUACCUAAAAGUAAUAGGAUCUGAUGGUUUAGAAUUAGAAAAUAUUGCAGAUAACAUUUUACUUGUCAGUGGUACACAAAUUAAGGUAAACAAUUUAUCUGGUGAUUUACGUACUGUUGCUCUUUCUGAAAAUAUAAUUGAAUUUGGUUCAAAUGAUCUCAAACAAGGAACAAUUAGUUUAAAUGAACCACUUAAUACUUACAAAAAUAGAUAUGUUAACGGAUUUAAUGGUAAUGAAUGUACUUUUGAUUCAAAUGGACUCAUUCAAGAAGAGUGUAAAUAUUUGAGUUCAUACACUGACAUGGCAUUUAAAGUUACUAGUGAUAGUUAUUCAACAGAUUUGAACACAUACAUAGAUAAUAAGAAAUGGAAAGAAAUUAAAUUUGAAACAAAAAAUGAAUUAACAAUUCCAGAAGAUAUCACAAUCAAUUCAAAUAUACUUUCUAUUAGUGGUAAAUUCACUAUCAAUUGUGCUGUAACUGUUAAUACUUUAAAUAUAAAUGCUAAUCCAGAAAAUAAAAUAACUAAAAGUAUAACAGUUUCUGAAAUAGUAGCAGCUGAAGAACAAACAGUAUAUUUUGUAUUAACAAAUUCUGCAGUAAUCACAAAGAAAGGAGAAGCUGAAUCACAAAGUGAAAAUUCAUUUGUUGUUUACAAAUUAAGUGAAACUAGUUCUAGAGUUGUUUCUUCAAAUAAUCAAGAAGGAGAGAAGUGUGUUUAUGACAAAUCAGCAUAUACUUCAAGUGACUGUAAUAUGUUAGAUGAUAAUAAUGAAGUGAUAUUGAAAUUCAUACCAGAUGAAACUGAACGUAAAAAUGAAUUACUUUAUAAUGAUAAUUUUAAAACAAAUAAAUUUAAAGAAAUUGAUUUGACAUCUGCAACAAAUGUAAAUACAAUUAAUGGAUUUAAAUUAACUUCUUUUACAUUAACUAAAACAGGAUUUCAUUUCAUUAAUUGUGAAAUUACUCGCUUAAUUUACAAGUCAGGUGUUACUAUUGACUAUCUUUUGUUUACUGAGAAUUCUAAAGUAAGUAACAUCAUUGAUGGACAAUCUAAUUAUCUAUUUACAGCAGACAGUCAAACUGUGUUGUCAGAAAUGCAAGGCUCGAAUUUACAUAUCGAUAAAGUUACUGAAGGUUAUUAUCGUUAUAGUUUUUCAAAUAAUGGUGCUGUUUGUACAUUAACUUGUUCAGAAAAAGAUAAAAAAUGUGAAUUUGUUGAAGGUGAUUGUACAAAUAGUAAAUUAGUGGAUCCUUCUUUAGUGACAUUAAAAUUUAAAGAACAAACAUUUACUCUUUAUCCAAUUGAAUGUUCAGAAGGAAUGAAGUAUGAUUUUAAAGAAUGUGAUGGUAGUAAUGCUGUUAAAAUUCAAGAUUCAGAUACAAUGACACAAACUAUUACUUGUCCAAGCUUUACAGCUGAUCAUAUUACAAUUGAAACAGAUAAAAUAGUAAUUACAAAAUUUGAAGUAACUGGUACUGCUUUGAGUAUCUUAAAAAGUGUUCCAUCAACCAUUGAAUUUAAAUCAAGUUUAACUUAUAUCAUUGUAAAUAGUGCUUAUAAUAGUGAUGAAACAAAAAGUAAUUGUGCUGAAAUUGCUGAUAAAUAUAUGAGAUGUGGUUCUAGUACAAAACCAGAUAAUAAUUGUGUAGUAACAUCACUUGCACAAAAUACAUAUGAACAAGAAGAUUGUAGUAGUAGUUAUAUUGAUCUUAAAAGAAUGGAUCUUAUUAUUAACGACAAUCCAUCAAUAACAAGUGGAUUAGAAGAUUCUGAAAAAGAAUUUAAAAGUUUAACUGUUAACUGUGAGAGUUGUAGUUCAUUCACUUUAAAUAUUCCAAAAUUCACUUUCAAUGGAAAAAUUGAUAUUUCAAGUUUAAAUAAUAUUUUCUUUACUAUUAAAACUAAAGUUAGUGGAAGUGCUAAUAUUAUAUUACCAACUCAGAUUAAUGGAUAUUUAAUUCUUGAUGGAGCUAAUCCAGAAAAAGUUACACCUUCAAUAACAGGCUCAUUAUAUACAAAUAUUAAUGGCUUAAAGUGUUUCAGUUAUGAUAAAACCCCACUUGAAGUAGAAAGUUCUUAUUACUGGUAUGAUGAAACACAUGUUUGUGUAUAUGAAUCAGCAUCAUUUAGUAGUGAAAUUUGUAGGAUAUUUUCUAGUUAUGAGAAUGUUGAUGUUCAAAUUAAUGCACCUACAGCAAUUUCAAAUACUCUUUCUGUCAAUACAUUAACCUUUACUGAUGGAGCAUCAACUAAUCAACCAAAUAUUAAAUGUAAAUCAGUUAUUGUUUCAAAAGAUACUAUUUUAUCUGAAGUAUUUAAUACAUUAACAAUGAAUGGUAAUGACAAUGGAAUAACAGUAACUAUUAGUGAAAAUGUUGGAAAAGCUAUUUUCAAUGGAGAUAAUAUCAAGUUGAGUGCAAAAACAAUUACUUCAUAUGAAUUAACUAAUAAUCCAAAAGGAAUCCAAAUAUUUGGAAGCUUAUCAGAACAAGCUACUGUUCAAGAAGGAACAUUUUAUGGUAAACUUGAAACAUAUCCAAAUACAUUAAAUAAAGUACAAAUGGGAGAUAAAUUUUACCGAUAUUCUAAUGAUGUUAUUAAUGAUCAAUGUACAUAUAAAAAUUCUAAGUUUGAGGAAUAUGAUUGUCAAAAAUAUUUUGAUCAAUUUAAUACUGAAAAUUAUGUUACCAUUGAAUAUCAAAGUUCUGGAACUAAUGCAAAUACAUUCAAAAAAUGUAUUAUUUCAACAUCUCAACAAAUUUCAUCUUUGAAAUGCAAAGAAACUGUUUUAACAGGUAAUUCUUUUUCAGUUAUUGACUCUCAGUUAGGAAGUGUAACAAUGAACAGUCAAUAUUCACAAAACAAAGUAAUUAGUACUUCAACAAUUACUUCAAUUAGUCUUAGUGAUACUCAAACAUCAAAUCUUCCAAUAUUUUAUGGUCAUGAAAAUACAAUAGAAGGUACAACUUUGUAUUAUUUCAAAAUUAGUGAAAAUAAUGGUAGAUAUUAUCUCAAAGAGGAAGGUGCUAUAACUACUUGUGAAUAUUCAAAUGGUGAAUUUAACAUAGGUGAUUGUAGUUCAGUUGAUUCACUUGAUCUUAUUAUUAAAAGUGAUGGAUUUUCAUCAAAUGAGAGAACAUAUAAUACUGUUACUGUUGAAAGUAAUGUUCAAAAUAUAAUUUCAAUCCGUGCAACAACUUUAACUCUUAAAUGUUCUACUGUUACAAUUGAUUCGAUAACUGUUGAUGAGUUACAACUUCCAGACACUUAUUCUGAUUAUUAUUUUAAAUCUGGUACUAUUACAAAUAUUGUUGGUGGACUUUCUCCAUUAUUUAUAGGAGGUUCAGAAAAUAUUUAUUCAGUAACUCCAUUUGUUGAAAAUGAUAAUACUUAUAGAUACAUUAGAGAAGAAAAAAGAAACGGAGAAUGUACUUGUACUGACAACAAUGAAUUUGAAGAAUGGGAUUGUAAAACUAGUAGUAAAUAUUAUGCACCAGAGACAAUGAAACUUGUGUGUGGAAAAACAUUUGUUUUUGAUAGUAGUAAUACGAAGAAAUUUAAAGAAUUUAGUUUAGGUACUGAAGACAUAGAACUUACUAAUCUUAAAGUAAGCACAGUUAGUGUCAAUGUUGCAAAAUAUAAACUUACUAACGUGGAUAUUGGCACUCUUACAAUUAACAAAGAAUUUAAUGGAGGUGUUGUUUCUGGAAACAUUCAAACUAUCACAACAAGUUCUGAUUAUUCAUCCAAUAUAAUUAUGUAUUAUUCUUCGGAAAGUGUACCAUCAUUUACUAAUUAUUAUUGCCAUCAAAUUGGAGAUAAUAUUUAUCGUGUAAGUAAAGAAGAAAAGUUCUACUGUACUUUGAAGUCAGACAUUGAUAGUGUUUCUUUUGAGGAAAAAGAUUGUAAUGAAGAAUAUACAAGUAGUAAUGAAAAUAAAAUACUUAAGUUGACUUAUAACCCAUUAGCUCUAACAUUUGUAUCUCCAUACAAUAAUUUCGAAAAUAUUGAAAGUAGCCUUAAUGAACUUGUCUUGAACGGAAUAACAUUAAAUACAUUUACUCCAUCUGAAAGUAUAACUGAAAUUACUUUGUCAUUAACAGGUAUAAACACUUUCAAUGUAGGAAAAUUAAGCAAUUAUAAAGUCACAGUCUCUGAUAAAAUAGAGAAAAUGAUAAUAUCAACAAGUCCUCAAGAUGCAUAUAUAAAAGGAACUGUUAAUGCUAUUGAAACUUCAUUAUCUGAAAAUAAUAUUCUCUUUGUAUUAGAAGGAACUCCUGCUACUGACUCUAGUGUAUCAAAUUAUAAUAGUGUUAAAAUUAGUGAAAACUUAUAUAGAAUUACACAUGGCUCAAAUACAAAAUGUACUUAUAGUCCUUCUUCAUCAGGACUUCCUUUUGUUGAAUUUGAUUGUAAUAAAUAUGCUACUAACAUGGAAUCACCAUUAUUAACCUUUAUGUACUCUGGUUCUGAAAACAUUAGUUUAACAACUGAAAAACUUAAUAAAUUUAGUUCUGCUAUUCUUGGAAGUUCUAGUAAAAUUGAAAAUCUCAUUACAACUGAUAAAGCAACAUUUUCAACUCUUGUUUCCUCUCUUGAACUCAAUAACUGUAAUUUUGGUACUCUUGAAAUAGUUCAAGUUGGAAAAUUUGUAUUCUCUGGAAGUACUAUUGGUAUUCUAAGUUUCUCAAAAUCUGAACCUCAUGAAGGAUCUGAAUUAACUCGAACAACAAUUACUACAGUUGAAAAUGUAAUUGAAAAUUCAAUUUUAUGUGUUGGUGAUGAAUUAUCAAAAAUUGAAAAUAAAUUCAGCACUUAUGAUAUUAGUGCUUCAAAGAAAAGAUUUUCAUUAACAGCUGAAAAUAAGUUCUGUACAUUAAACUCGGAAGGUGAAUAUGAAGAAUGGGAUUGUAAUACAGAAUACGCAGAAAAUAAUUAUUUGUAUUUGAAAUUAACUGUAUCUGCUAAUUUACCAACUUUCCCAACUGCCUUUAAAGGUGUUGAAUUUUCAACAAAUAGUGCAGUGCAAAUUACAAAUGCGGAGCCAAUUACAUUUGAACAAUAUUCAAUUGAAUCAUCAAAUCCAAUAGUCUCAUUCAUAGGAACAGUUACAAUUUCUUCACUCUCUGUUAAAACUGAUACUCCAAGCUUCUCAUAUUUCGAAUCAUUAACAAUAAAUAACAUUGUACUUGAGAAAUCACCAAAUUAUAUUCUCACAACUGGUAACACAGUAAGUAUUCCAAAUACAAUUUAUAGUUUAUCUAGUUCUGAAACAACUAAACGUAUUUCUUCAAAAUCUACAUUAGAAUGUACUUAUGUUUCAGAUUGUUCAUUUAUAGAAGCAGAUUGUAAUGGUUAUAAUAACUAUGUAUUAUCAUCUCCAAAAGCUAAUAUUGUUUUCAACAAUGAAAACAACAAUGAAAUUUCUUAUACAUGUACUUCAAAAGAAUGGAAUACUAUUUCUUAUAAUACUGAAAAAUCUCUUUCAUUAACAGGACAACCAUUUUCUGUUAACACGAUUACUUUUUAUCCAGAAGUAAAUAUUAAACAACAAAUCACUAUUUUAGAUUCAUGUAAAUUUAUGAAUAAAGAAACAAGUAACCACCGUGAGUUGAACUUAAAAUUUGUUGAUGGGGUGUCAUUUACUGUUUUUGAUAUUGAUAAUAAUGAUGAUGUUGUUCCAUUUGAUUCAAAUGAUAAUGUUCCAACUAAAAAUUAUUUGUUUGAAGGAACACUUGAUGGUGCCAAUCCUGAAAAAAUGUACUUGAUUGGUUGUGGAGAGUCAAUUUAUUAUUACAAACAUAAAAAGUCUGACUGUUUGUGUACUUUAAGUGGAGAUAUUCUUAGUUUGGACCCGGGUAGUUGGACUGGUGAAAAUGCACUUGAAUGUUAUCAGAGAAGUGAUAAAGUAACUUCGUAUUCAUUAGCACUCUCAAAAGAAUCAACUGGUAAAAUUAUUGUUAAUGUUGAUGAUAUUUCAUUUGCAAGCAUUAAAUUUGGUGAUUUACAGAAAGUCUCAUUCGUUAAAACAGAUGAAAAAAGUAAUAUUAAAAUGACUAUUGACAGUAUCACUCCAUGCCAACAUCUCUCAUUUGGUUCGGGAAUUUCAGUAACAGUCAACAAUGUUGGUUUAAAUAAUGCUGGAUUUAUAUUUGCUGAAGAUAUUACAGUAAAUGGUUUGGCACAGUCUAUUAUUAUCACAAAAUCUAGUGAACCAAUCAAUGGACUUACAAGAACUCCUUUUGCUGCUGGACCAACAAAUGACUUUGCAAGAUAUCAUCCUAAAGAAGAUAGAGGGUUGAAUUGUUAUCCUGGUGAUACUGCUGAUUGUGUUGUUAGUGAUUUUUCUCGUUAUUACACGUAUCAAGCAGGUAAAGACACUCAAAUUACUCUUGUUAGUUCCUUCAACGAGAUUGUAUCAGAUUUAGCAACAUCAGAUGAUACACUUACAAUUUCACGUGGUGAUGGUAUUGAAGAUGAUGUUAAACUUAGUACAUUCACUGCCAAAUGUAAAACAAUCAUUCAGGGUAUUAAAAUUAGUACAUUCAUUCCAUCUAAUAAAUACGUUCUUCUUGAUAAUCAUCCAGAAAAUAUUCAAGAAAAUUCGGAUUCUAAAUAUAAUUAUUAUUAUACAUCUUCAUCUAGUGAUGAACCCAGUGGUUCUGCAAAUAUUGUGCAAUGUGGUGAUUAUUACAGAGUAACUAAAGAAGAUAUACAAUGCAAAUGUUAUUACUCUAACUUACUUCCCGAUUGUAAUAUUACUUCUUAUGACUUUGAUUAUAUUUUAAAACCAGAAUCACAAAGUAGUGUCACUACUUAUAAAGUAGAUAAACUAUGGAAAACAGUAUCAUUUGAUGACGCACAAGAAGGAGAUAUUGUUGAAAUUGUUUCGAAAAACAAUGUUAUUAUUAUUCCUCAGAAAUCAAUUAAAAUAACAGGUAGUUCUAUGACAGUUUCAUUAGACUACAACAAACUUAGCGACAUUCCAUUCAUUGAAAUUGAUGGUGUAACUGUUACAAGUGUUAUUAAUACUGAAAAUGCUGGUUCUCAAGUUCUUUUUGGAAGUAAUAUUUCUCCUGAUAGUUCUGUUUCUUUUGCAACAUGUUCCCUCACUUAUUUCAGAGGAUUUGCUGAUUCUCGCCAGAAGAGUUGUAAUUGUGCUGUUGAUGAAUCAAAUAAUUAUGAUAAAAAUGAUUGUAUUUUAAGAAGUUCUUCAUUGGAUCUUGAUAUUAGAAUUGAUUCUCAUACUGUCCAAUACCCUUGGAAUGUUAUUAACAUAUUAAAAUCAUCAACUCUUACUCUUAGUAAAGGUAAAACGGUUAAUACAAUUAACCAAGAAGAAGGUUUUGAACUCAUACUUAAUGGAGAAUUAUCAACUAGUGUUCUUCUUAACCCUAGUUGUAAAGAUUAUUUGUAUGUUGAUUUGAAUGAUGGUAGUGUUAGCAAUGCAAAGGUAAGAAUUGAAAAGUCGUGUGUUUAUUAUUUAAAUGCCAAGUCUGACUCAUAUAUUGAACGUGCAUCUCACUUUUCUGCUGUUAAAUGUGGUGAAUCAAAUUAUCGUGUUGGAACUGGUAUUGAAUGUAAAUGUAAACUGACAACAUCUGAUUCUACUGAACUAAACAAAGAAAAUAUAGAUUAUGUUGAUUGUAAACAUUACUUCCCUGACCUUUCAGAUUAUUAUUUUGAUCUUGGAGAUAAAAAUGUAAUAGUUAAUGAAGACGUCAAGUUGAAAGGAUUUUCUGGAAUUGUAAAUGACGAUUUUUCAAUUGGUGGUGAUGGUUUAUUAACCUUAAGUAGUCUUGAGCUUAGUAAAAACAAACUUACAUUUACUGGAAAAAGUGUAGAAAUUGCUUCUGCUAACAUUGCAGCAAACGAAAAGCUUGUUGAUAAAACAACAGAAAAAAUGACUAUUAAUUCUUUAACAGUUGGAACAUCUAAAGGACCUUAUAUUUUGUCAUAUGGUGCUGAAGGUAAAACAUUUGCAAUUUCUGGUGAAAUUGAAACAUCUGUCACGAAUUCUAUUAUUGAUGUUUUAUAUGCAAAUCAUGAAAGUGUUUCUAUACCUCAACAAGAUAAGUUGAAAUCCAUCUCAUUGAAUGGUAGAACUACUGUGUAUCUUGGAGUAGAUCAAACUCCUGGUGAUACUGUUAAUUGUUAUAUUACUUCUUCUAAUAGUAAUUAUGAUUUACAAUUCAGUACUAUUAAUUGUCCAUGUGAUACUGAAAAGUGUAUAAUCAAUGUUCAAUCUACAAGUGUAAAUCUUGGAGGUUCAGAUUCAACUGCUAAAUGGGUAAUUCAACAAGAAAUGGUAUCAUUUACUAAUCCAAAAAGUAUUGCACAAAUGACUGUUGAAUCUCAAUUGAAAACAACUAUUACCACUGAAUCUCCUUUGACUAUUAAGAAUUUGAAUGUUGACAAUACCAUUAUAUUAUCUGGAAGCUUUAAUAUUGGAAGUCUUGAUGCACAAAAAGUUGAAGUUGCAAGUGAUUCAAAUGUACAAAUUGAUAAUGCAAAAUUCAGUUCAUUUGUUUCUAAAACUAGUAAUGCUGUAACAUUAGACGUGCAGUCAACUACAGAAAAUACUUUUGAACUUGAUUGUGUAUAUUGUCAACUUUCAACCAAAUCUUCUGCUAACUCAGCAAAACAAACUAUUAAUAAACUCAUCAUGGGAAAUUCUAGGUAUUAUAAAUUCACGGAAAAUGCUAUUUUCACAAUCAGUCAAAUUAGUUUGGAUUCAGAAGGUUCAUUUGAAUUAUUAAAAAUUGAUAAUGGAGCAACUCUUACAUUUGACUCAAGUAUUGAACAACAAACAUUUACAUAUCCACUCCUCAUUGCAGAUUCAUUUAAUAAUGAAGAAAUUAAUGUUAAUGAAGCUAAUUCCAAUAAGUUUAAGAAAUUAUGUAAAUCUUCUAAAUUAUUCGUUUAUAAUUCAGAGUCAACUCAAAGUAUUAGUGCUGAUUCUUUAUCUGAAUUAUGUCAUUUUAAUGGCCAGCCAAUGGUGUUUACUGAAGACAAUGCAGAAAAUUGUCAGGACAUCCCGAUUUGUAUUUUAGAAUUGGAACAAAGUCCUAGCGAAAGUUUGAAAGCAAAUUAUGACCGUGUUAUCUGUAAACAAGAUCUUGGAUUUAGUACUGAUAAAGAUGUUACUGUUGAGUGUGAUGAGAGUCAUACAAUUACAAUUAUUAACACAAAAUCAACUGAAAUUAAAGUAAAUUCAAUCAAAUGUAAUUUGCAUUUAAGUGGUGGAUCAUUCAUCAUAAAUUCUUUAUCUGGUUCUGAUAAUAUUGAAAUUAUUGUUGAAGAUGAGUCAACGCCUGUUACUAUUGGUUCUGUUCAAUGUGGUUCAAUUUCUACUUCUUCUUCACUUACUAUUGAAGGAGAUGUUAUUUGUUCAAGUGUUGAAGCUUCUUCCCUUUUAUUAUCAUCUGGUUCUCUCAGUUGUUCUGGUAAUAUUGUUUCCACUCAAUUAGAAAUUGGUCAACACUUUACUGGUUUAUUGAAAGCUUCAUUGUUAAAUGCUGAGUCAGUUAUUGAUAAAAGUAAGAAGUUUUUGAAUCAUGCUAUUACUACUCUUGGAGAUAAAUUGGUAUAUAAGGACUAUUAUAUUGUAGUAAAAGAUGAAAACAAUACGGGAAGUUCCAAAAAAUGUCAUACUGUUGGUGAUGUUCUUGACAUUUCUGAGCUUAGAUAUAGUAACAAUAAAGAACAUAAAUGUGAUAGUGAUAUUGGAAUUGCUGUUAGCAUACAUUCAAAAGAGAUUGUUGUGUCAAAAGAAGUUAUUAUUGACAGAGAAAUCACAAGUGGUAUUAAUAAUGUUUUGUUUACUGGUUCAGGGUCAUUAAAACUUACAAAUUAUAAAAUCAAUCAUGCAAGCUUCUAUGUUAAUUCUUAUAUUACAGCAGCUGAAGGAUGCUCUGCUCUUGUAUGUGCAUCAGGUGUAUUUAAUGGAUUUGAUACUUUGACAGUAAAAACAACUGAAAACAUCGUAGUUAAUGAUGCUAAUAAAAUUAUUAUUGAAGAUGUUGGAACUUUAACUAUAAAUGGAAAGAGUGAUAAAGAAAUUGAAAUUAGUGUUAGUUCAAAUAAAUUCUCUGGUAGUACCAAUCCAGUUGUUUUAGUUGAAUCUGCUAAUAGUCAUACAUUUAAAGUUUUAUACACCGAAGCUUGUAAAGGUGAUUUUACUGUUAUAAAGUCUUCAAGACCAUUAAAAAUGUCUUUAGUUAAUGAUAAUGAUGUCCUUCUUUGUAAUAACAAAGUACUUUAUCAUAGAUGUGAUAGUACAGAGAAUGUUCCACAUAUUAGUUGUGAUGAUGAAAUAGUUGAAUAUGAUUCAGCGCUAAAUGCUAGUCCUUAUGAAUGUAAAAACAGUAAUGGAUUAAAUUGUAUUGCUACAUACACUGGUAGUGGUGAUGAUAGUCUUGCCGGCAUUGAUGCACAAACACUUAUUAUAAAGAAUAGAAACUAUGAUGACAACAAGAAAUAUAUUAUUUCUGAAAAAGUAGAGAAUUUGACUAUUGGAGGAGGUGGAAAAGCUGCUUUCACAGUUCUUCCAUCUACAAUUACAGUUGGUAGUGGUGUUAAAGUUACUUUCACUCUUUCAUCAAGUGAUUUAAGUACUCCUCAUUAUAUUACAGGAAGUGAAGAUUCUGAUAUUACCAUCAUUUGUGAAAUGGAUACUGGAUUACACAUUUCUUCAAUUCAUUCUGAUGGUAGUGUUUCAUUUAGAGGGUGCUCUAGUGGUUCCUUGAUUGAUGGUGUUGUUAAAGUGAAUAAAAUGACUCUUGACUCAAGUAAGUUUUCUCUUUAUAGUGAUUUUGAAGUUGUUGGUUCAUUAUCAGUAACUCGGAUUUCCGGAGAUUUUACAGUAUUCACACUGAAUUCCGCCUCAAAUAAAUUUAUAGUACACUCUGUAGAUCAAGUUAGUGGUUGUACUAUUCUUUUAAAUACUAGAAGUCUUGUUGUAGAACCUGUUAUUUCAAUUCCAGGAUUUACUAGUUCUAAUAGAAUCUAUUAUAAAAGUUGUGAUAAUAAUCCAAAUGCUUUAGCAUUUGGAGUGUGUACACUAAGAAGUGAUAUUAUCUCUAUUGACACUCUAAAUAUUCAAGAGUCAGCUUAUUAUCAAUAUUACUCGAUUUGUCCUGAUCCAACAAAAAUAAUUGAUUUAUCAACUGUUAAAAUUAACAAUUUAAAUGGAUUAGAAGCUGUUAAUUAUAAGUCUAUUAAAUUAGGUUCUAAUGUUGCAUUACAGUCAUCUACUUCUUCUCCUGUUGUUAUAGAUUCUUUUGAAUUUUCUGAUAUGGUUACAUUAGAAAGUAGGUAUCAAAUAAACAAUUUGAAAUGUCUUAGUGAUGAAUGUUCUCUUGUAGUUGCAGCUGAUACUGUUAUUUCAUCUGUUGAAGGAGCAAAUUCAUUUAAUAUUAUAAUUGAACCAAAUGCUGUUUUUACAUACAGUGGAACAAAAGAAUUAAAUAUAGAAACCCUAACUAUUAAAUCUGCUAAUGGUUUGUCUUUCUCAGCUUUAUCUGCUUCUAUUUCAUUUAGUGCAAUUCAAUUUACUCCUGUUACUUCAUCGUCUUCAUCAUAUGUCUUUGUUAAAACACUAAAAGCUCUUGGUUCUAUUUCACUUGAAAAAAGAGACGGUGUUGUUUUAGCUGAUAGUAGUAAAUAUCCAAUUGUUACUUCCUCUGACAAAAUAACAAUAGUUUUAAAAGGAAAUGAAAAACUUGUAGCUUGUGAUUCUAAAACAGUACUUUACUUAAAUCAAAUAAAACAGAAUGAACAAUCUUCCAAAUUUGUGUGUCCUGAAGUUAUUACAUGUACUAUGUCUAGUUCUUCCAGUACUUGUGUUCGUGAUAAUGAUGGUAGUCAAGAAUAUGUACAACAGUAUAAAUAUGUUUAUACAAGUGGUUAUGAUGUUACUUCAAUUAACUUACCAAAUAAUAAUAAAUUAACCCCAUCAUAUGAUAUUGUUGAAAUUAGUGGUAGUCAGGCAAAAAGUAUAAAUAUUGAAAAUGGUGGAAGUUAUUUGUUAGACAUUGCUUCUUCUUGUUCAGGUAGUUCAGUCAGUUGUAUAUCAAGUGGUGAUAGUAGUGCAUCAUUGAGUUGUACUGUUAGACUUUCACUUAAUGAUGGUACAAUUUCUAUUAAUGGAAAAGGAAUUGUUAUUGAAGAAGAUUCUGCAUAUGAGUCUGCCAGUAACUCCGUUAUUAAUAUUCCAAAAGGUGCUGUUGUUGAUAUAUCUUCAAUUGUUGGAACCACUCUUAAACUUAACUUACAAGAGAAAGGUACUGUUAAUAUUAAGAAGUAUGGUAGUUUCUCAGAAAUAUUCAUGAGUGAUGGUUCAGUUAUUAAUGCUUAUGACGCAUUUGAUGCUUCAGUAAUUAAUUAUAACGGUGGAGAAAUCAUUGUACAAAGUGAUAAUAUUGUAACUCUUAAGGAAAUUAACAUUCUUGACGGUUCAAUUAGUAAUGGAAAAUGUCGAACUAUAAUUCGACCACCUAAAUUUGAUGAUGUAACAAAUCCAAAUAAGAUUUGGGAAGGAAAUGUACCUUUUUCAAAUAUUGUUGGUAUUAAAUAUUACAAAUAUUCUGGAUCUGUUCUUGAGGCAUGUGUUGGUUCUUCAUCAGAACAUAAAUUUGGUGAUGUUUAUUGUUCUUCUUCAUAUGCAAAUAGUUCUAUUUGUUAUUGUUCUUAUGAUCCCUAUGUUGAUCAAUCAUGUAUUUUAAGUUGUGAUGGUAUAGAAAGUGAUGAAUGUGUAUUCCAUGAUGAAAAUUCAAAUUCACCUUUAUUUGAUAAAGUUCAAUUAAAAACAGGUCAAACUAAAUUGAAAAUUGAAUCUUCUAUGAAAUUAUUUAAAUUAGAUGGUAACAAAUUACAAAAUAUUGAGGCUGUAGUUCCUAUUACUAUUUAUUCAAUUGAGGAUUCUGAUGAAAAAGAAUGCCAUCUUACAAUUUCAGGUAGUAACACAUUAUUAUCCAUAGAACGUAUUCAUCUUGUAAAUCCAAAUUCAAUUCUUACUCUUAACGUUAGAGAAGUGUCAAUUAGAGAAUUGUAUAUUGUAGGUGCUAGUUUUGAAACUACUGCUAUUAUUACUAUGCUUGAAAGUGAUAUUCCUGUUAUAUCAUUUUCUGACGCUUAUGAUACUGGUGCAAUUUCGUUACCGACUAUUGAAAGACGAAUUGUAAUGAAAAAUGCAGAUAUUACAUUUAAAAAUCAAGGUGCUAUUGCUGUUUAUGGACCAUUGAAGGAUGAUACAUUUAUUGAUCCUGAGACUAAUAGUCAUUAUGAUGCUGAUUUUAAUCCAACUGUUAUAGAAAAUACUCAUAUUCAUCUUAUUAGUGACACUAAUAAGUGUUAUGAAAAUAAUAGCACUAAAACCAAAUCUGUCUUUUAUUUCGAUGUUGUCGGAAGAAUUUCUGUUUCAGAUAUCGAAGUUGACUAUAAUUGUCUUAGUGAUGGAAUUAGUGAAAAUUCAGUUGCUAAUUUAAUCUAUACCAAUAUUCCUAAUUAUAUCACUGUUUCAGGUACUCUUUCAAGUAAUUUAAGAAUUGAUGAACAAAAGUAUAUUAUUGUUGUUGCAGCUCAAGACUUUAAUGGUAUUGAACAAUACAAUAUUCCAGAACUUUCAUGUGUUGUAUCUGACACCUUCCGUUCAAAUUCAUUCUCUGAAACUUCUAGUGAUGUUUGGUCUUCACCAACUUGUCCAUGUACUGGAAAUGGAUGUAUUAUUGAUACAACUAAACCAUCAGUUGCUGUUCGAUAUAAUUUGGACUCAAAACAAUUAGAUAAAUAUUCUGCUAAAUACGGAACAAUGAUAGGAUCUGAUGUUACUAUUCAUACUCUUGUAGUUCAAGGUUCUGAAGAAUAUGAUAAUUAUGCUGUUACUUGUUCAUUAACACGAUCUAAUAUCACAGAAUUACAAUUAGAGAAUUAUGGUAAAAUAACAUUUGAUGAAUCUCAAACCAUUAACAGUAUUAUUGGAGAUAAUUAUACUAAUACCUCAGUCAUUUUGAGAAAUAGUAUUACAUUAAAAACAAAUGAAAUUAGACAAACUAAUCUUAACCUUGUUGGUUCAACUAUUUCUCUUGCUCAAAACUCAGUUGGUGAUUUCUCUGGAAAAAUUAUUAGAAUUAGUUCUAACGGUCAUUUUGAUUUGUAUUCAAGUAAUGUUGAAUUUACAAAAGAUACUAUAUUUAACAUCUCAUUUAACUCUCCUGGACAAUCUCAUUCAAUUUCUGUUGAUGACGAUGUUUAUGGUAAUUCAUUAUCUAUCUUAAAUGCUCAAUUCCUUAUUAAUAUUCCUUCUGGUCAUAGUAGAUGUACAUUUGCUUUCUUAAGAAUUAACCAACCAGUUGAUAAUGUUGAUGUCACUGUUGUUACUCCGUCAUUAAAAAUUAAGGCUGAUAGUUCAUCGUUUAAGGUUUACUCUCUUUGUGGAGGACUUGUUAUUUCUGAUCUUCCUGAAGACCAAGUUUCUUGUCCAAAUGAUAGAAUGGCUCGUUCUAUUGAAACCAAAGAAUUCCCAAUGUAUAUGAUUGCGGUUAUUGUUGUUUUCGUCCUUGUAUUAGUUGUUGUUGCUGUUGUUUUCAUUGUCUAUAUUGUCCAUGUUUAUCUUGUCCGUAAGAGAAAUCUUAAGGUAUUUGAAGAAGGAGAGGAGGUUGAUAUUGAAGAUGAUAAAAAGGAAGAAGAAAUCGAAAAUAAACCAACUGAAGCUAAAGAUGUUCAAAACAAAGAUACAACUGCAUGA